UUUGUUCAGAAUUAGAGAGAGAGAGUAGACCUGAUGUGCGCUCAGUUCGCUGAACGUUUGCUACGUUGCGGAACGGUUUGAACUGAACGACACGUUCCACAAAAUGUUAUUGUACGUUCUUGAACAAACUGAGGUACGUUUGCUCUCGUUCUGUGGGUGUGGCUUGAACCAAUGAGUGACGUAUUUGAAGGGCAGUGGACAAGCUGACAGCGCCCCCCUUCCCGUUUCAACUGGUCGUUCAGUACAGUACUGUUUCCGUUCAAUUGAACGUUCCAGAACGUAAAAGCGUAGUUACUGAACGCAGCCCUUCAGACAUUUGCUAGUGUUGUUGAGAGAAAGCGAGGUAUGUUGAAAUAUUUCGUUCGAUGGACAAACUGAAAAGGCAGAACAUAUAGUUCGAAUAGCUUGCCUCAUCGAAGUAAAGUAUCGAGCUAGCCAAGGAAUAACGUUACAAAAAUGUCUUCGCCAAGUCCAGGCAAGAGGCGAAUGGAUACCGACGUGGUGAAACUCAUCGAGAGCAAGCAUGAGGUAACCAUCCUCAGCGGACUCAAUGAGUUUGUGGUCAAGUUCUACGGCCCACAAGGAACACCUUAUGAAGGAGGUGUAUGGAAGGUGCGAGUAGACUUACCAGACAAAUACCCCUUCAAGUCUCCAUCUAUAGGAUUCAUUAAUAAAAUCUUUCAUCCCAACAUUGAUGAAGCGUCAGGGACGGUGUGUCUAGAUGUCAUCAACCAGACGUGGACAGCCCUGUAUGACCUGACCAACAUCUUUGAGUCAUUCCUGCCCCAGCUGUUGGCCUACCCCAACCCCAUCGACCCUCUCAACGGAGACGCUGCCGCCAUGUACCUGCAUCGGCCAGAGGACUACAAACACAAGAUCAAAGAGUAUCUUCAAAAGUAUGCGACAGAGGAGGCUCUAAAGGAGCAGGAGGAGGGAGGUGACUCCUCGUCUGAGAGUUCCAUGUCUGACUUCUCUGAGGAUGAGGCUCAGGACAUGGAGUUGUAGUGAAGGGCUGGCAACCGCCCUCCCUCACUCACACGGACUAUCAUUUCCUAAAGAGCAGAAGCAAACUAUUAUAUUCAUAUUUAAACAAGGCAAUUGUUUUAUUACUAAACAAACAAGGAUUUUUAUGGAUUAUAUGUAUGAGAAGUGGCGGUGUGAAAUGUCAGUCUCCCCCUCGUCUAGGUAUUCUUUAUUACUUACCCAUAGCCUUCUACCAACACCACCCCACCCACAUUAUUACCCCCUCCUACCCAGAAAGGAGUGCAGCAUUCCCAUGAUCCUAGAUGCCCUCCUGCGGUCUGGAUGAUAUUCUGAUUAACCCAACCAUGAUGGAACCGACGAUAGGGUGAGAGCAGAGCAUCAUGGGAAGACAAGACUGUCAGACUGUCAUUGUCAUGACAGAGACAGGGAUGGAAUGUUUACUCAGUACCCCCUCCCCACCACAGUUUAGAUUUUUAAUUCUCAGAAUGGUUCUGUAUUUGGUGAGUGAAACACUGUUUCAACAGUUACAGCUUUUUUUCCCCUCCCCAUGCUCUACCAGAAGCUCUCUGUCUCUAGUGCAUGGCCCCCUCUCUCUGGAGUUAUUACCACAAUGAGGAAUUACACCAUUUCGAAAGUCAUUUUCUGCCUUCCUUUGGAUGGGGUUGGAAGCUACCAUCAGGAACAGGAUCAUUCCUUCCUGAGGAUCAGUUGGUGGGUUUCAUCCAGAUCCACCUAUCCAAUAUGGCUGUUUUUGACCCAUCUUUCAGGCCUUGCCCCAGAGGCCAGUAUGCAAGCCUAUCAACCCACCACACCCUGGUUGUCAUAGAAACUGUUCUGUAAACACUCCUUUCACCCCAUAGACAGGAGCACCAGCUCACCAACCAAAGACAACCUACCACACCACUUAACACCUGAGAGAGAGAGUGUGAGUGUGAGUGUGAGUGUGAGUGUGAGUGUGUGUGUGUGUGUGUGUGUGUGUGUGUGUGUGUGUGUGUGUGUGUGUGUGUGUGUGUGUGUGUGUGUGUGUGUGUGUGUGUGAGUGUGAGAGAGAACCUCAUGUUGUUAGACCCAACUGACCCAGGUGGAAAUGAAACAGACUUCUAGAGCCAUAGUAGUUUCUCAUCUCCGUGACAACCCUAACACACACAGCAUGACACACUGUUGUUGCUCUGGAUGAGAGAACCACAGAGAUGAACUACUAUCAACCCAGGAGCUGUCUGUCACUAAACAAACUCCCACUGUUGUCCACCAGACACUCCUUUAGCCCUCCUCCUCUCCGUUUUAGGAAAGUGUUUCAUUCUCUAAGCAUCAUUUUGUACCUUGUGGCAUGAUCCAGAAGUUAAGUUGUGUAGUGCUUUGUUGAGCUUAUUUGCUGUAGAAAUAUAGAAAAGACACCUCAUGUGUGAUGGACGGGUCUAGAUGUCAGCGGUGUCCAGUCGUAUCCACACUGAGGGCCAGUGCAUGACCAGGCUUCAUUCCAUCCAAACACUAACACACCUGUUUGGACUUCUCUCAGUCUUUAUGGAAGACUAUGAUUAGUUGAAUCAGGUGUGUUGGUUGGUACAGGAGCCACAUCACUGGCCCUCUGUAGAUAAAACUGGACUGCCCUGAUCUAGGGGUUGGAUUGGGUUGUUGUGUGGGACUGGGCUGGGAGGUGUUGAGGGGUACCUGGGGACUUGUGGGGUGUAGGGGAAUUUUGCCUAUUGCUUGUGUUCAACUAUAAUAGGUAUUUGACUUGCGUAGUGCUAGUUAAUGUGCCAGAUGGUGAAUCCUAUUAUAAUCUAUAUGGUUUUAUUCCUUCUAUAGCAAGCUAGUUUCAAAGCGAAUUGUCCUGUAAAGGUGAAGCAUUUAGUUUUAAUUAGAUUUGUUUUUUUCUUCUCCUGAUUUGAAUCUGAUCCUCCAAAGGCAUGUUGCAUCUCUGUAUCCUUUCUCUUAUGCAAAUGGUCUCUUCUGUCUGCACUGUCAGUGUGCAAGUGAACUUAUCUAGCCUGGGUGUCUGGCUGUUUCUGCUGUGGCCAACUCCUUUGUUCACUGUUGUGACGUCAUGUUGGGAUUAAGCAGAAACACACUGUCUGGCACCCAGGCUAGAUGAGUACAGCUACAUACCCAGACUGGCAAGCAGUGUUUUGGGUUUUUCAAACUUUGAUCUCUAACUCAGCAGCACCACAUUGGGAGUGCUCCAGGAUUCUCCUCUCCUACUAUUGUGUUCAUGGAGAGGUUGGUCAAGGCUCAUCAACCUACACAGGGUGUCCCAUUCAUGCCACAGUACAGUACAUGGGCCCAAUCAUAUCCCCAGAUUGGUGUGCUUAAUCCUAUGAUAUUCUAUAGGGCACAUUCUAUAUGAGACUUUCAGAUAGAAAUGCAAUGUGAAUGGGUGUCUGUUCCACACAAUAGAGGAUAUUGUCCAUUCUGUACAUGACAGAUCUACCUAUGAUUUUCUAAACAUUGUGCAUCAAUUCAAUAUGCUACUAGUGACAUGUACAGAAACUGAAAAGGGUUGGGGUCCUAAACUUUAGGAGCCGGGUGUAUAUUACUGCCAUAAUAAUGUGGACCCUUUGCUCAAAGCAGAUGUCAUAAUGGUUCAAAACACUGCCGUAACACUGCCUUAAAGCCUGUUACAGGGGGGUGUACUGGCCUCUUGUCCCAGGUCACAUAACACGAGAUCUGUAUUUCUUUAAGAAAAGUCAUCAUAGCUUUCAUUGGGGACAUCCUAGUCGUACACAAGAAUUGAAUCACAAUUGAUUUAAUCCCUUUGUUUUCAUUUUCACAAAAUGCAACAACUGUCAAAUGUAGAAUAAUAUAGUUAACAUAAUUUGAAGUAUUAGGGUGCAGGGUGACGUUACAGAUGACAGAACAGGCCCCACACCGCAGUCCCACAUGAUGGUGAAGCUAUUGUUGAUAUUUGUCUGUAAUUUGUCUUUUGCCUCCAUUAAACUAAGAACAGGAGAGUCGAUGAGACAGGAAAAUUGCAUCUCUUUGAGAAAUGAUUGCGUUGAAAAACAUGCACUGUCUGCACUGACAUGGGAAAGCCUCAGCAUUGAGAUGGAUCGAGUUAGCAUUAGCAUCCUAAUACAUUAUGAGUGUAGUUUUAGCAUUAUGCCAACUGUGUCUCAAUAACAUGGGCACCAGACACUGUGGUGUAUUGUAAUGGUUGCCACAAGAGAACAGCCAUAGUGUGUAACUAUUUUGGCUAUUAGCAAAUUGAGCAUAAUUUGAGGAAAAACAUGUAUUCUACAUAUUCAACUUGGCACAAAAGCAGAACAACGAACAUCUGAAGAAAAUACAUAAUGUCUGCUCUCACUGUUUGAUGAAUUGCAAACUUGUUGGAAGCAACAAUCAGUGAUUGGACAGGACCCUUUUCCUUUAGCUGUUUAGCGUCAGGACACAUUAGUCAUUACAGUAUGUGUAUUCACUCCCUUUCAAUAAUGAGAUAUAUACUGUAUUUGAAGCGUUAUUUGUUUUAAUCCUUUAAGGAUGUAGAAGACCAGAAAUUCCCACAUUUUUAAAGGCAAACAAGUUAAUGAAUAAAUGUGCUUCCCUUGUAACUUUAAUAAAUAAAUAAACAAAAAUAUGAAAACAAA